GAGCUUCGCGGCGGACGGCUGUCCGAGGAAGCGUUUGCGUGCGGAUAUCAGCCGCGUCCUACGGCAGGCCUGUGGCGGCUCCUCAGAAGAAGGCCCCCUUUCCCUGGACUUGGUUGGCGGGUUUGGGCGGCACAGAGCUCCCAGGGCUGUGGCGGUGCCUUGGUAGCCCAUAGAGAAGUUUGUUUAGAAGUUUGGCUUUUCCUGCCUCCAUAUACCAUGAGCCCAAAUGAUGCCAAGCGUUGUGGUGCCAAGCGCAGGAAGAACAAAAGGGGUGCAUCAACUCUAACUGGUGCCCUGGAAGUCAAGUCUAUGGGGCCUGCUUCCUCAACCACCAUCCCCUCUUCUGCAUCCCCAUCUACUUCCUCUGUAGCAUUCUCCUUGCAAACAGCUGCCACUGCGUCUUCUCCUAGCACUGGAAAUAAUUUUCUGGCAGCACCUGCCUCAGCUACCCCUUUGAUUUCCAGUGAAAGGAUGGGGAAGACUGAGAUUCCAAAAAAGCGUUGUGGAGGAACAAUUAAUUGUAGACAAACUCGCAAGCGAAGUAGAAUUGCCACUUCAGCCACUGAAGCAGUUUCACAAGUAGAGCCAAUCGAUCUUGAAGAAAGUGCUUGUGAAGAAGUUGUAGAUCUCACUUGCGAGUCUUCAGAACCAAUAGUAGUUGAUCUGACGCACAACGAUUCUGUUGUGAUAGUUGAAGAAAAUGUUUGUCAACGGCGAAGGCGAGAAUUAAGAAGUCAACAACUCCCUGACAGCUGUGUCUUAAGUAGUGAUGAUGAUGAACCAAGAGAUAACGAUGUUGUGUUAACUAGUACAUUACCUAGAGAAUUGGAAUUAUUGGAAGAUGGAGUUUCAAGUUCUCGCCGUUCAGGUACUGUGAGUUGCCCAAUUUGCAUGGAUGGCUACUCAGAAAUUGUGCAGAGUGGGCGGCUCAUUGUAUCAACUAAGUGUGGUCAUGUCUUCUGUAGUCAGUGCCUCCGUGAUGCCCUAAGAAAUGCUAAUUCCUGUCCGACUUGUAGGAAGAAACUAGGUUAUAAACAAUAUCAUCCAAUUUAUAUAUGAAACUUUAGAUUCUUCUCCAAAGAAUCUAAAUUGAACUCUUGUGGAUGCUUCAUAAACGUCUUAUAUUUCUGCAAACAAUAAAGGAUUACGGAUCACGUAUGUGCCCAAAUGUGACACUUCAUUGGUGGACUUUUCUAGUUGGCAUUUUUAUUGGCCCAUCCUACAUGUAAGCUUAUGUUUUGGCUUUUGUUUGUUUUUUACUCGUACCAGCAAGCCUACUUUGCAGUUCAUCAGGGCCUAAAUGUUUGAAGGACCGUGUACUGCAUUGGAAGCACCUGUUGUUGCCAUGCUGCUUUUGAAGAACUUGGCACUGGAUCUUUGCAAAAUGUCUUUUCUGCUUUAAGGGAUUGAAUGUGUUUUGUUCAAGAUUUUAAAGUCGUCAUCUCUUGAUGAUGUAAGUAAAAAUGACAAGUUAGAAAACCUACAACUUUUUGGGGUGGGGGGAGAGAUUACAAACAAAAUCUUAUCUCAUAGCAAGCUUCCCUUUGUUUGUGAACAGCUGAAUUUCCAGUGGGACUGGACUUCUUAACCAUACUGCAACACACUUUUAAUAUCAAAUGCAUAGGUGUUUCGUUUAAAGCCUUUUUUAGAUCAACACAGAAGACCAUGACUAUAUCUGUAAGAAAUACUUGACUCUCUAGAGCCAUAGUUAUAAACAAUUUUUCUGUGUGCACAUCUACUUAUAAAAGAGUAAGUUGAAACCUUCCCCCAUCCCCUUUUGGGGAAGGGAGGAGAUUAACUUGAGUGAUGGUAUAACAAGUUUAUUUUGGCCUUGUCAGCUAUUCAUGAUAUAAUGCUAAAUGGCUUAAUGUUAAACCCUUUCUUUAAUGAUGUAAAAGAUAUCUUUAACAAGUUUAUAUUGCUAACACUUAAAUGAUAGGCUUGAUCGGAAGCAUAUGUAACCCAGUCUUCAGUUGUUGAGUUGGUUUUAAUAAUUUGGGAGGGUUACUCUGAAAGACUGGAUCCCAAUAGUCAUACAUGUUCCUUUAAUAUAUAUUCAUGCACUACCACUUGAGUAGGUUUCUUAAAUAUAUAUCUCAUUAGUUGCACUUCUUUCCUAUUAGGCGUAUUUUGAAAGGCCCUUAAGGCCGUCAUUAGUCUGCUUGCCAUUUGACGAAGAUCAGAAUGGUAUAGCAUGAAAUGUAGGCCGCUGUCUUUAUGUGUAAAGCCAUAGCCUACAAAGUUAUGCAGUUCAUGGGAUGUCUACACACUUUGCAUAUUGCAGCUUGUGGUAUGUCCACAGGUCAUCAGCAGAUGGAAGUGUCCUAUGCUGGUUGCACAGACAAGAUGGGUUCUACAAAGUUCUGUCAGCAAUAUAUGGAAAAUAGGGGAAAGUUGAGGCCUAACCUACACUAGUAUUCAGCAAGUUAUCCAUGCAAAUACUUUAACAGUGACGGCUAAUGUUUUGCAAACGGUUUGUUUAAAACUGUCAAAUAAUACAAAAUAGAAUAGUAAAAUAUCAGAGUACAAAUAAUCUGCCAAUGCAGUGAAUAGUAUUAAAGUGAGGGCUUUAAGUAGAAUAUUUGCCCAUUAGAAUUAUAGAGAAAGUUUUAGAUACCUAUAAUUUUUAUGAUAGAAAUUUUAUAAUUACCCAUCCCCCCAUAAAUUCUUCAGAAUCCUUAAUGUGCAGAAAACUGCACAGAACUAGGGGUUGCCACUCCUGGCCCUGAUACAUAGAGAUACCUAAAAGUUUGAUUUUUCACUGAUGUAGGUACUCUUCAGAUAUUCUCAGCCUAAUCAGAUGCUCAUCCAUGAGAAAUCCUACAAGGCUGGAGACAGUAUCAAACCACAUGACUGAUCCUAGUAAUAUAGUUAGGUAUCUUGGAUGCAGCAGCUGAUGCUUAUAGAUAAUCAUCUUCAAUACCACUGAAAUAAUUUUAAAAUCUACCAUAGUUAUUGUAUAAUGGGUUAAAAAGUUUCAUGUAAUACUUUUCACAAGUAUUAUGGAUACUUCGGUUCUUAGGAAUGUCAAAACUUCAUUAAUUUGAACAUUUGUGGAAUCAUCUUCUGUCGAACUGGGAUAGUUUUUUCCCAAUUACCUUCUAGAAAUUAUCAAUUUAAACAUCCAACGUAGGAAUUUUUAGAAAGUAAGGCUGAAAUCCUAUUAUUACUUGGAAGCAAGUUCCUUUGAACUGCAUGAAAGCUGCUUUUGAUUAAAUAUGCAUAGGGGCAGGUGGUAAGUUGGGAUUCAUAAAUGAAUUGACAUACUUCUGUAGUCCGGAGAAAGGCCAUACAAUUUUGUUCAGGGUAUUAUGUUAUAAUUUUUCAAUGGCUGUGGAAUACUUAUCAAAAAUUGUGCUAGCUUUUGAGAGUUCUAUUAGCUACGAAACAAACUGUUUAUAGCACUAACUUUUAAAUAGCAUUCACUGGCUGCAUUUAAACACAAUGUUAAACUAUGGUUCAGCAUUGCAUGAAUGAGCCUCAUGUGUUCUCUCUGUCCUUCAGUGCAGCUGUGAGAAGCAGAUCAGAAUCAUUCAUUUCUGUGUUUAACUUACUGCAAUGUAGCAUUAUGUCCAAACUCAAACAAACUAUGGUUAGUUUUAAUUACGGUUUACUGAAAUGUGCCAUAGUUUUGAAGUUGCCUCAUUUGGACAAACCGUAAUUGAGAUUAAUCCUUUUUUUUCUGGGGGGUUUCAAUAUGCUAAAUUGAGGGUAACGGGACGCUUUUGCUUCCAUUUUCAAUCUCCUCUACUAGGAUGGGGAGGAGGAGCAUACAAGCCCAAAGUUCAUACACAUAAUGCCUAAUCCACAGUUGAACACUGAGUCCCAAUCUAGCCAUUAUUCACAUCUUCAAAAUAAAAUAUGAAUGCCAAUUUCAAUUUCUUUUUGGUGCAAGUGAUACUGGCUUAGUAAGGAGAUGCAUGGUUUAAGGACUAGUGGUCAAAUCUCUAUUGCCUAUCUUUUCCAUGUGUAAAUGUGUAAGUUCAUGCCAUUUACUUAUUUAAAUGUAUCCAUUUGUGUAUAGCAGGUUUAUUUUGGCAUCUUAAUUAGGUAAAUAAACUUUAUUGCAGAUUAAAAUAAAGCUUUGUGUAUUCUGUCACCCUCUAUUUGUAUUGGGAGAGAUCAGGAGGUUUAGAGGUACAGAUACUGUAUGUAAAGAACAUGAUAGAGCAUAUACACAAUGGUACCUGAAAUUCUGAAGAGGACAUGGCGGUCCGUAUCCAUUAAAGCACUUG